AUGGGUGAUAACAUCCAUGCUCCCACAGUGGCCUCCGGACCGACGUCUGGAGGUAUCCAGAUCGACUGGUCGAAAUUGACGAUGCCCGAGCUGAUGCAGCAGAAGGAGAAGAUCGAAGAGGAGCUGAAGGCGCUCAGCACGGUUCUGACCUCGCAUGGAGUGACGAUGCGCUCGACCCUCACAACCUUUGACGGCUAUCCUCGUGACGAUAUCGACAUCCCACAGGUACGAGCUACGCGUGUCCGGAUGAUCCAUAUUCAAAAUGACCACAAGGAAAUCAUGAAAUACCUCGAAAAAGGUCUGCAUGCACACUUUGCGCAAUUACAGAAAGCCCAAGCUACUGCGACAACGAACGGUACCACUGUGCCUAUUACCGCACCACCCGCGGCUCUCGAGAACAGCAUUACCGAUGCGGCUGCCCUCGGGACACCAUUCGCCAAGGUUAACAGUGUUGAAUCAGGGAGUCCGGCGAAUCAGGCUGGUCUGAAGGCUGAUGAUUUGGUUCGGGCCUUUGGAAGUGUACACUGGUUGAACCAUGAACGGCUUUCGAAGGUGGCCGAAGUGGUCCAACAGAACGAAGGGCGACCAGUGAUGAUCAAGGUAUCGCGCAAGGAGGAGGGUGGAUCCCAGACUAUCGAGGUGGAGCUGCAGCUCACUCCCCAACGUAAUUGGGGAGGUCGGGGACUACUGGGAUGUCAUCUUGUUCCGCUGUAG